AUGAGACAAUUAAUAAAAUCAUUUGGUUGGUAUUUAUAUGGAGGUGUAACAUGUUAUUGUAUGCAACGAUUUUUGAUGGAUUUUCUUUAUAUAAAAAAUGAUGAAAAUGAAUUAUUUAAAUCAGGUGAUAUUAUUAUUUUGGAUAUAUGGAAUCGAUUAAAAAUAGAUAGAAAUAAUUUAAUUUGUGCUAAAUCACUUGAUAAUCAUCAACAGAUCAUAUUUGGUCGUGUUAUAGCUUUUCAAGAUGAAACUAUAAAUAGUCAAUCAAUAAAUUCUAGAAGAAAAUUUAUUCAAAUUCCUAAAGGAAGUAUUGCUAUUAAACGAUUAACAAAUGAUAAUAAUCAUCAAGAAAUAAUAAUUCUACCAAUUGGUUUAAUUCAAGGACGUACAUUAGCACGAAUUUGGCCAUUAAAACGUUCAACUCUUCAUCUUCUUAAUAUGCCAACAACAUUAGAUAAUUAA